AUGAAAAAUUCAUUCAAAAAUAAUGAAUCUUCUAUAAAUCCUAUUGAUUCUCAGAGUUUAGCAUUCAAAGACAAUUGUAACUACUUAUCAAAAUUAAAUACAGUAUCAAAUAAAGCUUUGCUUCUAAAUGGAUUCAAUCAAAAAUUAACCAAAGGCAUAAUACCAGAAGGUGUUAAAGAGUUGUAUAUAUGUGAUAUAAAACAAGAAUUAAUAAUUGGUUCAAUUCCUAAUACUCAAGUUGAAGCAACAGUUUGGAAUGCUACUCUUUCUUUAAUGAAGAAUAGAAUAUCCUUGGUACAUCAAAACGCCACUUUUGCAGGUGAUAGAAGAUGCCGUUUAUGUUCAACAGCUGAAGAGUCAAUUGAACAUUUAGUAAGUGAUUGUGCAUCCUUGUACAAAUCUGGAGUAAUACCGAGACAUGAUGGUAUAGUGAAAGAAAUCGUCAAAACAUUGAUUAAUAGAUACCAAAUUCCAAAAGUUACCAAUUUACUUGAACCAGAAAUUAAAUAUACAGAAACCAAUUCAAAUGGUGUAACAGUAACAAAAGUCAAAAUAAAUGUAGAUAUGAAUUUCAAAAAUAGUACCUCAAUUAAUAAUAAACCAGAUAUAGUAGUCUUUGAUUAUGUUGCAAAACUGAUUAGAGUUAUAGAUAUGAAAAUGAUAAAUCAUUCGAUGUACAAAUUGUUAUCAAUAAUCACUGGCGCAUUUGGAUCAAUCAUCUCAACUAGUACAACUCAUACCAUUAAUAACAUUACACACCCAAUUAAAACACUCAAAGAAUGUGUUAAUCAAUUACCUGUAACAACUGUUAGUUUAUGGGAUGGAUUCAAUCAAAAAUUAACCAAAGGUAUAAAACCAAAAGGUGUUAAAGAUUUGUAUAUAGGUAGUAUAGAACAAGAUUUAAUUAUUGAUUCAAUUCCUAAUACUGUAACAACUGUUAGUUUAAGACAUGGAUUCAAUCAAAAAUUAACCAAAGGUAUAAUACCAGAAGGUGUUAAAUUGUUACGUUUACGUAAUAUAAAACAAAAAUUAAUAAUUGAUUCAAUUCUUAAUACUGUAACAACUGUUAAUUUAUGUGAUGGAUUCAAUCAAAAAUUAACCAAAGGUAUAAUACCAGAAGGUGUUAAAGAGUUACGUUUAAGUGACAUAAAACAAGAUUUAAUAAUUAGUUCAAUUCCUAUUACUGUAUCAACUGUUUGUUUAUGUAAUGGAUUCAAUCAAGAAUUAACCAAAUGUAUAAUACCAGAACGGUUUAAAGAGUUACAUAUAGGUGAUAUUAAACAAGAAUUAAUUAUUGGCUCAAUUCCUAAUACUGUAACAACUGUUAGGUUAUUAGAUGGAUUCAAUCAAAAAUUAACCAAAGGUAUAAUACCAGAAAGUGUUAAAGAGUUGUAUAUAUGUGAUAUAAAACAAGAUUUGAUGAUUGGCUCAAUGUCUAUAUUUAUAAAAGUUGUAAAAAAUUACUUGAUUCUUUCGUCCCUGUAA